UUCAGGCCACAACGCCGACAGGCGAACUGUAUAUAUGUAAAUUGUUUAUAAUUAGCAAUUUUUCUACGAAACAAACGAUUAAAUAAUGCAGUAUUCUGCUUAUUAAAUGCCAAAUUUUGCAACCAGACUGCGCGCCGCGAAAGUGUCGAGACGUAGGACAACAAAAAUCGCGACUAAAACGUGUGCCAAGACAACAAGGCAACCGAAACAAAACAUCAGGAAGAACACAGAGGAGAGAACGAACCCCAAAAGCACCCCAGUCCCCUUCCCCCUUCCAUCGGGCCGUGACCUGCCAGCUAGCCAGCGAGAACGACAAUAACUGCAAGUAAACAUCAUGGGCAAUGCGGGCAGCUCCACCGUGCACAUGCAGCGAGAGCGCCACAAGUCAACCGACCUCUCCACGCCGAGCUCUCCCGCACAUUUCCGCGACUCGGUUGCAGUCGUCGGUGGAGGAGCGAGUGCGGGCGCAGGCAGUGGCGGGGGCCACGGCGGCGGGAGCAAUGCUGGCGCUGCGGCUUUGAGCGGAGCCGGGGCGGGAGGCCAAGCUUUCUCGUUCGACAAAAAACAUACGGCAGUCUUGAACGAGGGCUCGUCGCAAGAAGACGACGACCCGUACUACACGGGAGCGGGCACAGGCACGAGCGGCGGCACCAGGCGCACAGCUGAUAGCGGUGGCGAUUCAACAGCUGUUCUGCGCAGCGGAAGCGGAGAGCACUCCAGCAUGGACAACGACGACGAACUGGCGGCAGCGGAAGCAGUAGGAAUAGGGAUUCCAUCCCUGGACGAUGAGGACCGUAAGACGGCACUGCCCACAGUGCUGCGAUGGGAUGGCGGUGGCAAGAACGUCACCAUUUCGGGCACGUUCUCCAACUGGAAGCCCAUAACGAUGGUGCGCAGCCACGGCAACUUUGUGACCAUCAUCGAUCUGCCGGAGGGCGACCAUCAGUACAAGUUCUGCGUGGACGGCGAGUGGAAGCACGAUCCCAAGCUGAAAAGCGUGGAUAACGACGAGGGACAAAAGAAUAACCUAGUAUCUGUGCGGGCUUCCGACUUUGAGGUGUUUCAGGCCCUGGCCAAGGAUAGCGAGAACGUGACCAAUUACGCGGAGAAGGAGUACUCGCAGGAGGUACCGCAGGUUAAGCCCUGGGAGAAGGUAUCCGGACCACCGGUGUUGCCGCCACACCUGCUGCAGGUUAUCCUCAACAAGGACACACCGCUUUCGUGCGAACCCACAUUGCUGCCGGAACCCAACCAUGUGAUGCUAAACCACCUGUACGCGCUGUCCAUCAAGGAUGGCGUCAUGGUGCUGAGUGCCACACAUCGGUACCGCAAGAAGUAUGUUACCACGCUGCUGUACAAGCCCAUAUAGGCUGUGCUCGCUGGCUGUUGGUAUUUUAGCUGUAGGAACAUGGUUUUAUCGUGGGUUGGAGCCUUCAAAUCGAUUCAGGGGUGUGAAAAUAUCCACGUUAAUCGUCUCGCUUGUCAAAUCUACUAUAUGUAAUGAAGUGAAAGUGUGUUUUAUUAUUCUCUCUUUAUUAAGCGUUGUAUUUUUAUUAGUUAUAAAUAUACGGAACUUGUAAAA